AUGAAUAUGCAGCUAAAUGCAUGGAUGAAUUGUCUCGUUCUUAUCUCAUUUGUGUGGAAUGAACAAUCGGUGGGUGGAUCGAUUAUUAAAAAAAGUUAUGUCUACAGGAAUCACAUAAUUAGAAAUGACUAUUCAAAAAGCUUUCUUCCUGGAAUCUUUUCCGAAUUUAAUAUCAAGAAUGAGAAUUUCCUGAAAUUAAAAAUCUGUUCAUAUUUUAUCUUUUUGGUACUAAUGUCUCAUUUUCAACUAGUGAGCAAUGCUGUUACCGCCACUGACUUCCUUAACAUUGCUGCUCUACAAAGGGGCUUCGUCAUCUGCUCCCUCAUCCUACUCUUUGCAUUUGAUGCAAGCCCCGUGGCAUUGAAACAAAGCCGAGUUAUUUGUACUUCUGAUAUCGUCUUCUGUUGUCCAGUGCAAUCAGGUUGUGAACUGAUUCACUGUCCUCAAGCAUUUGACCUCGCAAACAGCCGUCCACAACCCAACAUCUCGUGCAAUGUAUUCUUCUCGUGUGUAAAAAUACAUUCAAUUCCAACAUUUCCAAUUUCAUGCCCUAUAAGCAUUGAUUUCUCAACUGUUCCUCCAUUUUACUCUGGUAUGAAAAGUUGCGUAUUUAUGAGCAAACCGCUUUCAUCAUCUAGAGCUGCAAACGAUCAGAUCCUGGUAUUUUUGACAAAAAUUCAACAACUGUUUGCACUCAUUUGUGAUAUGGCAAAAGAAUUUCUAAUGCGAUUAUUUUCAAAUGCACGAUGGUUGUUUGAUUUGCCACUUUCUGUAAUAUUAGCUGAUGUAAAGCAUGAUAUAUACUUGUGCAUUGUCCUCUCUGUUUUGGCUGAAGAGGCUCUAGUUGGUGCAAAUGAUAAUGCGGACCUAAAUAAAGACAAUAAUACAACUGUUUCUGAUGUUGCAUUAUCUGAUAAGUUAUAG